GUUGACGUUCAUAGUUCUUAUAAGAAUGUCGCGAUUUAAGCUGAUGGCUGAUAACCUGUUGCCCGCGCUGCUGCUGUUUGUUGCACUGUCUUCAGCUGUACAAGCGCAGAGAACACCCACAAUUACGUACAUCACACAGGAGCAGAUUAAGGACAUUGGCGACACCGUCGAGUUCGAGUGCUCUGUUAAAAAUGCCAAGGAGUAUAACGUGUUGUUCAUCAAGUCAGACUAUGAUCUCGACAGAGUCUUCUUAUCGACGGGUUCGACGCUUGUCAUCAAAGAUUCGCGUUUUUCACUGCGCUACGAUCCGAAUUCUUCCACAUACAAGCUGCAGAUUAAGGACAUUAAGGAGACAGACGCGGGCACCUACACCUGUCAGGUGUUGAUCUCCACGGUGCACAAGGUGAGCGCCAAUGUUAAUUUAUCGGUGCGUCGGCCGCCUGUUAUCUCCAAUAACUCCACGCGAUCGAUUGUUGUCAGCGAGGGGAGCGAGGUGCAAAUGGAGUGCUAUGCCAGUGGUUACCCAACACCGACCAUCACAUGGCGUCGCGAAAACAAUGCCAGUCUGCCAACGGAUGGCGUCGUUUAUGAGGGCAAUAUACUGCGCAUCAAAUCACUAAAGAAGGAGGAUCGGGGUGUAUACAUCUGUGUGGCAGAUAAUGGAGUAAGCGAGGGAGAUCGUCGUAAUAUCAAUGUGGAGGUGGAAAUGGCACCUGUUAUCACCGUGCCACGCCCACGUAUGGGACAGGCGUUGCAGUAUGACAUUUAUCUGAAGUGUCACAUUGAAGCUUAUCCACCGCCAGUGAUUGUCUGGAGCAAGGAUGAUAUACAAUUGGCCAAUAAUGAGCAUUAUAUUGUGUCGAAUUUCGCAACUGCCGAUGAAUAUACCGAUUCCACGUUGCGUGUAAUUACAAUUGAGAAGGGUCAAUAUGGAGAUUAUGUGUGUAAGGCCACCAAUCGAUUGGGCCAUGCCGAGGCGCGUGUCAACCUUUUUGAGGCAUUUGUGCCCGUCUGUCCACCAGUCUGUGAAAACUUGUAUUCUGACGAAGCUGUGAAAAUAGUCGUCUGAAUUCUAACCACUAAAUAAUGGAGAAUAUUACAAAAAGACUUAUGUAAAUAAAAACACACUUUUAACAACUCUAAA